CAACACAAGUACCAAUCAAAACUCAAGUACCACACCAAGAAAAUAGACUUAAAAUGACUAAAAUGCGCAACAUACCAGAACUGCCCGAACCAACUUAUUUAGACCACCAAGUCAAUAUUGGAACACAGACAGAUAUGAAAGAAGCUUUCUACAGAAAAGCAACGUAUUCUGCUGUAGAACAUAUCAAUAUACCACCACCUAAAGAUAAUAGACUAGCAGAUAUAAUGAACAGAUCAGUCGCUUCACAAACUGCCCCAGAAUUGGUAGAAGUAUUCAUUGAAGAUGUUAAGCGAAAGCUUGGAAAAGAAUUGGACGAAGCUAAUAAGAAUUUGCAUGGAGCUGAGAACCCAACUAUGGAGAAGACACAGUUUCUAAAAGGAUGCGAUAAAUAUUUAGACGAGAAGAUAGCUAAUUUCGUUAAAUCACACGCUUAUCUGACAAAUAAGUUUGUUGGACAUAAAUAUCCAGAUGAGUUUAAGAUUUUCGCAAUGAAAUUGUACUUGUGGAAUCCUAAAUCUUAUAAAUUCGUUGAAAAGUUCUUCGAUUUGCCUUCGAAAGAUGUUAUAAAACGGUUCAGAAUGCCAGUGAGGAGUGGAUUGAACCCCUGCCUAAUGGAGGCUCUGAAAGUUAAAAUAGAGCAAAUGUCGAUCUUAGGGAAGCAGUGUGUUGUGUGUGUUGAUGUGGUCCAGCUAAAAAAGAAUCUAUAUUAUGAUGUGGGUCUUGAUUAUUUGUGUGGACUGGAAGAAAUAGAUGGCGUUGUUGGGGAGAAGCAAGCGGAGUAUGCUGUUUUAAUAGCAGUGCGUGGACUUUAUACUAGAUGGAAACAACCAGUGUCCUUCGCUUUCGUGGCUGAGAAGCGCAGACAUCCAGAGAUACAAGCGUGGCUGCAUGCAACCAUAGAGUAUCUCUUCGAUAUGGGCUUAAAUGUUAAAGCACUAAUAACAAGCCCAGAUGAGGAAUUUCUAGAUCUUCCCGAAGAGCCUUACUUUGAAAUUAAAGGUGGAAAAAUUUAUAACAUAAUUGACUUUCCAGAUCUUUUGAAAACGGCUAGAGACGAAUUAAUAGAAAACGAUUUCCAUAUAGGCAGCUCUGUCAUUAAAUGGCAGCAUGUUCUGAACGUUUAUGAUUCUGAUAAGACACAGGAAUUGAGAGUACUGUCAAGUUUGACAGAUAAACAUGUGAGACCUGACGAUACAUCAAAAAACGAUGUUAAAUUGGCGACGCAACUUUUUAGCAGCGAUUUAGCUGCCGCCAUGCAUUUUUACGUAGUCGGUCGCUUGCAAAAUAAAGAGAUUAAAGCUACAGUUGAAUUUAUGAACAAUAUGAAGGAAUUAUACGAUAUAUUGUACUCAAGAAGUUUAACAAACGCUUACAGAUCUACGACUGCGCAAAAUAAAUUCUUAAAGGAAAUUGUUGAGUAUUUCAAAAGAAUACAAAUGAAAAACAAUAACGGAAAUGUUACUGAAAGCAAAUUCGUCACUGGACUGAUAUUCACAGUGAAAUGUAUCAAGUCUUUGGCAGCAGAUUUAAAGAAAUGUAAAAUGAAUUAUUUACUAACAAAAAAUCUUAGCAAGGAUUUUAUGCAAGACUAUUUCAAAGACACCAAACGUGUAUCGGAGCUACCCACUCCUAUUGAAUUCACCAGAGGAUUCAGAAAGCUAUUUUUGAGUAAUAUUUUGAAUAACACAAAAAAUACUGCAACUGGAGAAGACAUGAUGGGAACUUUAGUCAAAAUAUCUGAAUAUGUCAAAGGAGAUAUGGAUAAAAUGGAGGUGACAGAAGAUGCUACACGUUUAAGUAUAGGCAUUAACGACUAUAAGAUUUCCUGGCCUUCAAACGAGUACAUAGCUGGAUAUAUCCUACGCAAAUGUCUUGAAAACCAUACAUGUGAGAAAGCUGUAAAAAAUAUAUGUGAUUAUUAUAAUUUUGAAACACAGAGCCAUGAUGUAUUGUUAAAUACGUUUCAGUUUUAUAAUAAUAAAAAUGUUGAUAAAAUAUGUGAUAUUCAACCUCCUGUACUAUUACUGGAAUUCGUAAAUUUAAUGGAAAAGAGAUUUAACGAAUAUUACAAAAGUGCGAAGGAUAAUAUGAAUUUUGGUUGGAACUUGUAUUCUAUUAUAGAGAAAGAUUCCUUUAAGAUGCCAUGUGAAUGUUUUCCUAAUAAGUUUUUGAGGGUUCUGUAUAUUCGACUUAAGAUAUUCAGUAGUGUUAAGGAGUGUAAUAAGAUUAACAAAACUAAAAGAUGAAUGAUUUAUUUAAAUAA